AAAAACGUGGAAAAGUGUGGAAUAUUGGACACUUUAUGCACUCAAAUUUUGAAUGGCAAAAUAACAUUCAUACUCUACAUGGUUGAGUACAUAGUGUCAUUUGGGACACAAAGGUUUUACAGACUUAGUUGGGCAUAUCAAGUUUUAUUUGACUACAGUACAUGUGGUAAAUGCAGUUGUAUGGGAAAUAUUACAUCUUGAGGACUGACAUAAGUACAUUAAAAGCUAGAUUUCUUCAGUAAUGCUUUAUGAACCUUGAUGACGUUCUUAAUUGGCUUGAAAUAAGUUAAUGGUUAGAAUUAAUGUAUUUAUAUUUUUUUUAACAGACUACCUGAGGUUCCUAAACAUUUGGAAUACAUUUGUUAAAAACGUCAGAAAUGUUUUUCCCAACUAAUUAAAGCUUAAAUACAAAUAUGGUUAAAUUGAGUUGCAAUACAAUGAGAGUUGCACUUUGAUAUAAAACUAAUCCUCAAAGUAGCUGUUACGUUGUAAUUUGUAUGUUGUGGCAAUGUUUAAACGGUCUAAUUUGCUCUAAAAAAUAAAACUAGCUGUUUCUGCCAUCUCCAAAGUGUAAAUGCGUUGUGUGGUUGUCAUGGAGACCAGUUUGUUAUGGUCGCGUGAGCUAGCAAGUUAGCUGCACUCUUGCUUACUGAAGAAGUUGCUGAAUUUCUGUCUUUAGAGGUAAAUAAAGUUAUCAACUCCUAAAAGUAAAUUGGAUGACUUGUUACGACCAUUUUUGUCGGUAAAUGGCAAGAGCAGGUAUGGAGAAAUCUGAUAUAAUAAAUUUCAGCUGUCUUGAAAAAGAGCUACAAGCGGCGCUGGAAGCGGAUAGGAAAUAUCAGAGGGAAAAUGAUGCCAAAUUUCGUGCUUUGAACCAAAAUGUCGCCAGCUAUGAAGAAUUCAGAGACAUAGUACUUGCAUCUCACUUAAAGCCUCUUGAUAAAAAGGACAUCUCUGGUGCAGCAAGAAAGCAGCCGUGGAAUCCAAUUGCUUUUGGGACAAAGCAUGAAAGUGCUUCAACUGAAGAGGUCCAGCCUUGGGUAUCUGAGAUUCAGCCAAGAAGUGCAUCAGAAUUCAUCCGUGACUGGCGCAGGUUUGCAGGGAACUCGUUUGAAAAGUACAGUCUCCUUGUGAGUCUGGGAGGCAAGGCUCUGCAGGAAAUCUUCAGCACUGAGGUUGGCUUCGGUCUUCUAGGCGAGUUCUUUCUGAUUCUGUCACAGUGUCUUAAGUCAGGGGAUGAGGAAAAAGUGAUUGGAGUGCUGGACGGCCUUUCCAGAACUGGCCGCUUUGGCCUCAACCAGUCUCUUCUUAGUCAGGCAGAACAAAAAGCCUGUGAGGAGCUUUUCCACAAGCUACAAGUUGCAGGAGGAGAAUAUCAUACUUCUAAAGAUGAUUCUUCUGACACUUCAAUGGUUUGUGAGGCCAGUCUGACCCAUGUGGAGGAAGAUGAGACCGACAUUACAAUAAAACUUGAAAGCCAUCUUCCCAUUGUUACUUUCAGCCUAUGAGGCUCCUGAGGAUAAGGAGGACAUUUUUGCCAGCAGGCCCUGUCCUGCAUUUCUUGUCUUUGACACCGCUGCCUUCAUAGCCGACAUGACCAUUGAACUUCCUUGUCACUGCAAAC